AUGGACGUCCCCGUGAUCCCUGACCCCCCGGAGCCCGCGCCUACAGAUACUCCGCCGUUCGGGAAAGCGUUGCGAUCCAAGACAAUUCCGGUGGACCUAGAGACUCUUGGAAGCUCUGGGCGGAGCAAUGGCCGAUCCUCCAUCGAUUCAACGUCCGAUAGGCAAGCGGGGGAGGCUGAUUCCUCGAAAUCGGGAUCUAGCGGUCUGUCGAAGCUGCUCGCAUCGAGAAGGAAACGCAAGAAGAAGAAGGAUGACUUGAAACUGGUCGACGAGCUCCCGCCAACAAUGGAGGCGGAGAGCAAUGAUGGAACUUUACUCGGCUCUUCUCAACAUUCGCGCACAAGAGCUUCUAGCGCUUCAGUAUUACCCGAGGACGCCCACAGCCCCAGGGAUGACGCCUCGAAUCUCCUGACGGACGACUCUGAACCCGAUAGAACCCCUCCCCUCACUUCGCAUGAUUCGCAUUCCGGCUUCUAUACAUCCUCUUCCCCUCUGAUCAAAUCAGCCUCAGCCGACGCCAACGAUACAGACGGAGCACAUGGUGAUGCGGAGUCUGCGAUUAGUGGCACAAACUCAGACCGUCGGGGCUCAUAUACUGACGCGGAUUUAUCGCGUUCGGCGACCCAGCCAGCAGCCUCAAAUCUGAGCGUGCCUACAGAUCGAAGCAAUAAGAAAAGAAGCGUGUCCAGAAGUCUCAAGAAUGCGUUCAGUUCCGACAAGAAAUCCGCCAACCGCGACCGGGCAGAGUCAACCACGUCGGGGGAGAGCUCAUGGAGCGCAAGCCGGCGGAGUAGUUUGUCCUCGAAGAUGGUUGCAGGCAACCCGGCCGAAACGCCUCCGCCUGUUCCGUCAAUUCCAAGACCAAUACGUACGGACCUCAGGGAGGAAACACUUCGAGGAUCGCCUGAGCGUCCCCGUUUACAAACGCCCCCGCACAGUGCCAUCCCUUUCCCCUCGACUACAGUGACGCCUCCAACCCCCGCCCUUGAACAUGCGCCUCUUAUCACAAAUUCCGGUAUCACGGAUUCCCCGUCCUCUAUUAAAUCCCGCGACUUACCAUCUGGCGUUACUGUGAGUCCCUCGGGAAACAUGAUUUCACAUCGCCGCGUUAGGUCUACCUCUUCUGUCAUCGGGAAGCCUAGCAAGCUAUCCAACUCGAUAGCCGUUAGUCCGACCAUCGAAGAAGGCAAAUCCGGCACUCCCCAGACUGGGUUCUUUUCUUCCGUGUUUUCUGCGGCGCAGACGGCCGCCUCUACCUUGACAAACACCCUCAACGCGCAAAAGGCCAAGAGCACACCUGUACAGGAGGCCAAUGACUCCGAGAACCAGACUUCUAACGAGGCUGGGAAAGAUUCAGAUGAGGCCGGGCAAGCUCCAGCCGAGGAGAAGAAGCCCAUGGCUGUCGACACCCUGGGUUCGGGUGAUCUGAACUUUAGCCACUUGGAUAUCGAUAUUCCACCGGGUGGGUCUAUCUCAACCCCAGACGGAGUCGUGAUCACGAAACCCGAAUUGGAAACGCGCAGAAGCCCUGCCGUAUCCCAGCGAGACGAAGCUGCGGCGAAGCUUGAAGAUCGGCGAGUUGCACGUGCAGUCACUAUGGCAUACGAAAACCAAACAAACCAGUCGGUGGACGACGGGUCUGACGCUCAGGCCGGUUCAAUGAAGGAGCCCACGGGCGCUCAAACACCCUCUGGUGGUAGCACGUUCGAUGGAGAGAUGGGUACGAGGCCGUUUCGAAGCAGCAGUGUACGGAGUCGGCUGGCCCGGCGGCGUCACCGAGGCUCUUCUGGAGCAACCUCGUCGACAAUUGGUGCGAUUGGCGCUGGUGCCAUUGCACUAGGCGUUCCAGGCGCGAAUGCUAGUCUGCCCAGAUUGACAGGAUUUGCCGUCGCAAGCAAAAAGCGCAACAGGGAUUUCCACCAGCUCUUCCGCAGCGUUCCCGAGGACGAUUAUCUCAUCGAAGACUACAGCUGUGCCUUGCAGCGUGAAAUCAUCUUGGCUGGACGCAUAUACAUAUCCGAGGGCCAUAUUUGCUUUUCAAGCAACAUUCUGGGUUGGGUUACCACGCUUGUCAUCAGCUUCGACGAGGUGGUCGCCAUCGAGAAAGAGUCCACGGCCAUGGUUUUCCCGAAUGCUAUCGCUAUUCAAACCUUGCAUGCCCGGCACACCUUCCGAAGUCUCCUGAGUCGAGAAUCAACCUACGACUUGAUGGUCAAUAUCUGGAAGAUCAACCAUCCAAGUCUGAAGAGCUCUGUUAACGGGACGAGGGUGACGGACUCUACCGGUGACAAGACCGAAAAGGCCGGAGAAAGCGAAGAUGAAAGCGAAGAAGAGGAGGAUGAGAUCUACGAUGAAGAUGAGGACGAAGACAAUGCGGAAAGCUUCUUCGAUGCUGGGGAUGACAGUAUGCACGAGACUGAUGAGUCGGCACCAAAGGGUCUGCCUCGACAAGCUUCUGGCACUAUUCCAACCCUUUCAUCAGGGGCGACGCCCAACGGGGUUUCCAAGGGCACCAAGGGGGGUAAUGGAGAUGCUGAUGGUGACUUCCCUGGUCCUCACACACACCCUCCGUCUCAGUACGACGGGCCCGAAGGCCAGUACGACAGAGUCAUCAAGGACGAAACAAUCCCUGCGCCUCUUGGCAAGGUCUACUCUUAUGUGUUCGGUCCAGCUUCUGUGUCGUUUGUUCCCAAGUUCCUCGUCGACAACCAAAAGUGCGGUGAGCUCGAGUUUAAUUGUGAGAAAACCGGCCUCACGAAUGAGAACCGCACUCGAAAAUACUCCUACAUCAAACCUUUGAACGGCUCCAUUGGACCCAAACAAACCAAGUGCAUUAGCACGGAGCAGCUGGAUUUUUUGGAUCUUGAGAAGGCGGUUCUCGUAACGCUCAGUACCCAGACACCGGACGUACCCAGUGGAAAUGUGUUCACUACCAAGACCAAAUACCUCUUCACGUGGGCGGCUAACCACCAAACGCGCUUCCUCAUGACCUGCACCAUUGAGUGGUCCGGAAAGAGUUGGCUGAAAGGUCCUAUCGAGAAGGGCGCCAUUGACGGCCAGGGCUCGUUUGGUACUGAUCUUAUCGCUGCUCUCAAAGGUGCAGUCGCUCCUCGUGGUCGUGCAGCAGGUGGAAAGGGCGGUGCUAAGGGUAAGGGACGACGUAAGAAGGGCGAUGCCGCGAGCGACGAGGGCGCUACGGCUGAUGCCAAGUCAGUGGCCGACACCAGCCCCAAAAAGGCCGAAUCUUGGGGCGUCUUUGAGCCGCUUCGAGGAAUACUUGGCCCUGUUGCUGACAUACUUGAACCGCUGUGGAAUGGCAAUGUGGCUGUUCUGGUUAUAGGCAUCUUGCUCUUCAUGCUCUUCUUCCGCCAGCCUUCCCACCCGGCCCUGUCCUCGGAUAUGGGAUAUAACGGCCAUAGCAUACCCCAACGUCUGGCCGCCUACGAAGAAAUGUGGCGCAGGGAGGAGAGUGAGCUUUGGAAUUGGCUUGAGGACAGGGUAGGACUUGAUGGAAUCGCCGUUCCAACGAUGAACCGGCAGUCUGACAGCCACAACUUCCGGAAUAGUCGCAGGUCCCAGAGGGAGCGGGAACUGAAAGAUUCGCUGAGCGAAGAGACCCUGUCGGACCGAGAGAUGGAUCACGCUAUCCGCAGUACUCGAGAGAGGCUGGACACGCUCGAGCGGAUAUUGUCCAAACGAAGGUCACAACCUACAGAGAGCGCUGAGUCGUCCCACGGGGACCUCUAG